AUGCCGGCACCCGUCUUCAACAAUCUUCCCUCGACUAUUUCUGUUGAUACUGUCAAUGCGAAGAAUGGAUUUCAGGCUUUAUACACCCUUGAUAUAUCAAAUGGGUGUAGCACGUCAGCGAUUAGCAGUAUAUGUAACAUCGAUUUUGCAUCAUCAUCUACAGAGACUUUAAUAGUGCAAAACGAUAUUUUGGUAAAAAACACUGGUUUAAAUGAUCCAAAGUCGUUCACGAUAACAAUAACUUGUACGGAUAAUGGACUGUCAGCUACAGCGACUUUAAGUGUGUAUGCUGGAAUAACACCUACUUCAGCAACGUUAUCUACAACGAGAACAACAACAAAUGAACCGUCCAUAACAACUAUAGCCCCAGCAACAACCACAGCGACAACAUCGUCCACAACAACGUUAUCUUCAACAACAACCACGGCGCCAACACCAUCCACAACAACGUUAUCCCUAAACACAACUACAGCGACAACAUCGACUACAGCAAGAGUUUCAUCAAUAACAACUACAACAACGCUGCGCUCCACAACAACCACAGCGACAACACCAACUACAAAAAUGCUGUCUUCCACAUCAACCACAGCGACAACACCAACUACAACAACGCUGCCCGCCACAACAACCACAACAACCACACCAACUACAAAAAUGCUGUCUUCCACAUCAACCACAACAACAGCACCAACUACAACAACGCUAUCUUUCACAACGACCAAACAGGCUACAACAACACUGUCCUCCGCAACUACCGCAGCGACAACUCCAAAUACAACAGCACUGUCCUCCGCAACAACUACAGCAACAACACCAACUGCAACAACGUUGUUCUCCACAACAACCACAGCGACAACACCAACUACUACAACGCUGUCCUCCACAACAACCACAGCGACAACACCAACUACAACAACGCUGUCCUCCACAACAACCACAUCGACAACACCAACUACAACAACGCUGUCCUCCACAACAACCACAGCGACAAGACCAACUGCAACAACGUUGUCCUCCACAACAACCACAGCGACAACACCAACUACAACAACGCGUUCUUCCACAGAAACCACAGCGACAACACCUACUACAACAACGCUGUCCUCCACAACAACCACAGCGACAACUCCAAAUACAACAACACCGUCCUCCGCAACAACUACAGCAACAACACCAACUGCAACAACGAUGUCCUCCACAACAACCACAGCGACAACACCAAAUACAACAACGCUGUCCUCCACAACAACCACAGCGACAACACCAACUGCAACAACGUUGUCCUCCACAACAAUCACAGCGACCACACCAACUACAACAACGCGUUCUUCCACAGAAACCACAGCGACAACACCUACUACAACAAUGCCUUACUCCACAACAACCACAGCAACCACAACAACGCUAUCUUCCAAGACAACCACAGCGACAACACCAACUACAACAACGCUGUUCUCUACAACAACUACAGCGACAACCUCCGCAACAACCACAGCAACAACACCAACUACAACAACGCUGCCCAUGACAACAUUAACUACAACAACGCCAUCCUUCACAACAACCACACCAACUACAACAACGCCAUCUUCCAUGACAACUCCAGCUACAACAACGCUGCCCACCACAACAACCAGAGCGUCAACACUAACAUCAACGCCAUCCUCAACAGCAACAACACCUUCUACAACAACACCAUCCUCCACAACGACCACAGCGACCACACCAACUACAACAACGCUAUCAUCCGCAACAACCGCACCAACUACAACAACGCUAUCUUCCAAGACAACCACAGCGACAACACCAACUACAACAACGCUGUUCUCUACAACAACUACAGCGACAACACCAACUACAACGACGCUGUCCUCCACAGCGACAACACCAACUACAACAACGCUGUCCUCCACAACAACCACAGCGACAACACCAACUACAACAACGCUGUCCUCCACAACAACCACAGCGACAACACCAACUGCAACAACGUUGUCCUCCACAACAAUCACAGCGACCACACCAACUACAACAACGCGUUCUUCCACAGAAACCACAGCGACAACACCUACUACAACAAUGCCUUACUCUACAACAACCACAGCAACCACAACAACGCUAUCUUCCAAGACAACCACAGCGACAACACCAACUACAACAACGCUGUUCUCUACAACAACCGCAGCGACAACACCAACUACAACAACGCUGUCCUCCACAUCAACCACAGCGACAACACCAACUACAACAACGCUGUCCUCCACAUCAACCACAGCGACAACACCAACUACAACGACGCUGUCCUCCGCAACAACUACAGCAACAACACCAACUGCAACAACGCUGUCCUCCACAUCAACCACAGCGACAACACCAACUACAACGACGCUGUCCUCCGCAACAACUACAGCAACAACACCAACUGCAACAACGCUGUCCUCCACAUCAACCACAGCGACAACACCAACUACAACAACGUUGUCCUCCACAACAACCACAGCGACAACACCAACUACAACAACGCUGUCCUCCACAACAACCACAUCGACAACACCAACUACAACAACGCUGUCCUCCACAUCAACCACAGCGACAACACCAACUACAACAACGUUGUCCUCCACAACAACCACAGCGACAACACCAACUACAACAACGCUGUCCUCCACAACAACCACAUCGACAACACCAACUGCAACAACGCUGUCCUCCACAACAACCACAGCGACAACACCAACUACAACAACGCUGUCCUCCACAACAACCACAGCGACAACACCAACUACAACAACGCUGUCCUCCACAACAACCACAGCGACAACACCAACUACAACAACGCUGUCCUCCACAACAACCACAUCGACAACACCAACUACAACAACGCUGCCCUCCAUAACAAACACGGUGACAACAUCAACUACAAGAACGGUAAUAACGCUCUCCUCCACCGUAGAUACUGAUGUAAGGGAAUCAGAAUUUGAUGAACAGUCUGAGUUUUUCAAUAAACCUGAGACAAUAGCAGGCUUUAGUUUAAUUCCGUUUGUUAUACUUGCAGCAGGAGUUAUGGUUUUUCUUGUUAAACAACUAAAAGGAUGCACAAGCAAACCAUACCCAGGACGUCAAAACAGGAGACAGAGUGAACAUGACUCUGAAAGCAAUUACGAUUUGGAGGAUGGCUCUAAUGAAAGAAGAUCGAGCUUGCGGCCGCGUACACGGCAGUUACAUUCCUACUCGAAUCAUCCAGACGACAGGGAGCUCACACCUGUAGAAUUGACAGGCAUUCGUUACGUUUAG